AAUUUCCGUUUAUCCUACGAACAUUCAGCGGAGCAUUUGCCCACGUAAAAUUUUGCCCAGAAGAGUUUAGUUUUUUUUUAAUUUAACUUCCAGUGUUCACUACAGCUGGAGUAGCAGCACCAGAAGAAAAUGGCGGACGACCCUACCGCAGCCGACAGGAACGUGGAGAUCUGGAAGAUCAAGAAGCUCAUCAAGAGCCUGGAAGCGGCCAGAGGGAAUGGCACCAGUAUGAUAUCACUCAUCAUUCCUCCCAAAGACCAGAUCUCACGAGUGGCAAAAAUGUUGGCGGAUGAGUUUGGCACUGCUUCAAACAUAAAAUCUCGAGUGAAUCGUUUGUCAGUGCUGGGGGCCAUUACAUCUGUGCAGCAGCGCCUUAAACUAUACAACAAAGUACCGCCCAAUGGUUUGGUUGUCUACUGUGGAACAAUUGUAACAGAAGAAGGCAAAGAAAAGAAAGUCAACAUUGAUUUUGAGCCCUUCAAACCAAUUAAUACAUCUCUAUAUCUCUGUGAUAACAAAUUUCAUACAGAGGCUCUUACUGCACUUCUGUCAGAUGACAGCAAGUUCGGGUUUAUCGUAAUUGAUGGUACUGGAGCUUUGUUUGGUACUCUACAGGGAAACACACGAGAAGUACUACACAAAUUCACAGUGGAUCUACCAAAGAAGCAUGGUAGAGGAGGCCAGUCUGCGCUGCGUUUUGCUCGCUUGCGAAUGGAAAAGAGGCAUAACUAUGUGCGGAAGGUAGCAGAGACAGCUGUGCAGCUCUUCAUCAGCAGUGACAAGGUGAACGUGGCAGGACUUAUUCUGGCAGGAUCAGCUGAUUUCAAAACUGAGCUCAGCCAGUCGGACAUGUUUGAUCCGCGAUUGCAAAGCAAAGUACUAAAAUUGGUGGACAUCUCCUAUGGAGGUGAGAAUGGUUUUAAUCAAGCAAUUGAGUUGUCAGCUGAGGUCUUGUCCAGUGUGAAGUUCAUUCAGGAAAAGAAACUAAUAGGGCGAUACUUUGAUGAAAUCAGCCAAGAUACAGGGAAGUACUGCUUUGGAGUCGAUGACACACUUAAAGCACUGGAGAUGGGUGCAGUUGAGAUUCUGAUAGUUUAUGAAAAUCUGGAUAUUAUGCGAUAUGUACUCCGCUGCCAUGGCACAGAAGAAGAGAAAAUCUUGUAUUUGACUCCUGAACAAGAGAAGGAUAAAUCCCAUUUCACGGACAAAGAGACUGGCCAGGAGCACGAGCUCAUAGAAAGCAUGCCCCUCCUGGAAUGGUUUGCCAACAACUACAAAAAAUUUGGAGCUACACUGGAGAUUGUUACAGACAAAUCACAGGAAGGAUCACAGUUCGUGAAAGGCUUUGGUGGGAUUGGUGGUAUUCUGCGAUACCGUGUGGAUUUUCAAGGAAUGGAGUACCAGGGAGAUGAGGAAGACUUUUAUGACCUGGAUGACUACUAGGUAGUCUGGAAUUGGUCUGGUUACAGGUGCCUAACCCUCCAACAUCCAACCCAAGAAGUGAAGAUCCACAACAGAGUAAUCAAUCCCUGCCUUAGAACAGACAUUAUCACAACUUGUGAUAUCUAAAUACGUUCGAGAUGGUGAAUUAAAAAAAACAAUAACACAUAGAUUUGUCAUAGUGUCAAUACAGCAGCAACACCAAACUACUGUUCUUCAUGCCAGUUUGGACUAAUCUUUUGAGGAACUUUUUUUUUAGUUUUUACUUCAAUGGGAUUUUUGUUGCUGUUGUAUUUUAUGAAAUUGAAACAUUUUUUACCUCCAUAUGUAGAGGCAAAUAAUAAAACAGAAUGCUAUUGAAUUUCAUUUCUGCAGGCUGAAUGAAUAUAAGCUCUGUUUUUCCCCUUGGAAAGAAUUUCUAUAUUAAAACAAAUGGAAAUCUUGAUCAGCUUGUGUAGUGAAUGACCCUGUUUACAUGGGCACCAAUAUACAUGGUUAUAUCUAAAGGGGGAGAGUGAAGAAUAUGCCUUUUGCUAUGUACGUGAUUAAUAUUAAUCUCCAGGUUAAAGUAGUGGGGGUUAAAUUUUCAAAUUUGCAAUUGGGGGGAGGGGGAAGUGUCUUGUGAUUUUUGCAGAGGGAGCAGAAAAGAAUCCGAUAUGCUCUUAUUAAGAAUGAAUAUUUAUUGGGAGGCUUGCUCAAAACACAAUUUUGCUUUCUGUUUUGCUGAGUUUUCUUUCUGAUCUGGUUUUACCAUAUAUGUCCUGGUGAUGACCACUUUUGUGGAUACUUAAUCCCUGAGCAAGUUUCAUACCUGCAGUGGUCCUGAUAUUUUUAGAUGAGCAUUCCUGUUUUCUUGACAAAUUAAGGCCAGCCUUUGACUGUUUUCGUGUGCAAAAGCCACUAAGUUGUAACUUUGGUUUUGAUCUGUGUGAAGGUGUAUUGUGUUAAUAGGAUCCGCUCCAUAUUGGGGUUUAUUGUUGCUACAGAAUGGACUUAUACUGGAUGCACCCUAGCAGUCACACUACAGGAUAUGAGUUCUAUUAUGUUGUCCACAGACACUGUUGGAAAAUUGAUGGGGAUUGUUUCAAAGAAAUGAAGACCUAAGUUCUAGCAAACUCAGCCAGGCACUCUCAUGAAACUCUUGCGUCACACACAUGGUGGAGUUGGGGUUUUCGUUUGGGGAGGCUCUCAUUCUAAACCCCCCCCCCCCCCGGUGUUGUGAUUCAGCCUACUAGUUGGCAUAGAACGAGGAGGGUUUCCUACUUUCUCCAGUUACUUGAGGUUAUCAGGAAUCUUUUUUUUAAACAAUUUGUUCACAGGCUAAAAAAAAAUAGAUCAUUAAAACUGCACAGAAAGGCUUCAUAUUAUUACAAAGAGAGUGCUUUGAAUAUUGAUGUUUAAGCUGGAGCUGUAUUAAACUGUUGGAUAUGCUUUGAGAAAUCAAUAGGGAACAAAUGUCAAAAGAGCCUUGUUAAAUAGCUAAUUCACUGAAUUCAAAAUGGUCGAGGUCUAGCAAAUUAUCAUGCCUGAAGAAAUCACGUUAAUAAACUGAGGUGGUCAUUUGGAUUAUUAAUUGGGUUGCAUCACAUGUCGAACAUUUAAGUGCUCAAAUGUGGAAUAUGUUUGUAAAUUAGUGGUGUGAUUAGUUACUGGUCUUCUUUUGCAUCACAAACAGUGUCUUUGUGGCUGCUUGCACUAUGCUCUGUUGGAAUCAAUCAACCCCAGCUGCUCUAGCUAGUGCAGACCAAAAGGAAAGCAGUUUUUUUUUAAAUCAACUUGUUUGUGGUUAUUUUUAAAUGUGGUAUUUGAAUAAUGCGGGAAGAUGGGUCCUGAUUUGUACAGAUCACCACGUCAACACCUUUAGCUCCUUACUGUUUGAAAGUGUAUAGUGCAGUUCAUAAGCCACUAAUAAUCAGGUUCUGGUCUGAUACACAUCUAAUAUGUAGCACCAUUGCCAUUAAUUACAAAGACCUUCCUAUUCCAUAUGAGUAGUGAUCUUUGCAGUGAUCUUUCUAAGUAGAUGUAUAUUUAAUUUCGCUCAGUUAUUCAAAGUUGGCAGUUUAAAACCAGUAUACUACUAUGGUUCUGUUCUCACCAUUAAGAUUUGAAUAUAUUUUCAAAAUUUCUCCAAGUACAGAAAUUUACAGUUUCUGAAAUAGUUUUCUGUUGAAAUAUCCACGUUUUGUUUCAAAGCAGUCAAAAUAUCUCAUGCUGAAUAUAUAAAGUAGAAUUAAGAUUUUCCAAAUAUUGUAUGAUAUGUAAUGAUUGAAAUUGUUUUUUUGUUCAUUUUGGCCUCUGAGGUUUUCAGUGCUUAAAAGGAUUUGUGUAGAACUCAUGUUGAGUUUGUGCACACUUGCAAUGUUCUAUUUGUCCUCUGCAGUCCCUGUCAAAAGGGAGAAUUGUGGUGGACCAUGCUUUCAGCACUUGAGUUGUGCAAACAAUGUAAAUGGGGCCAUUUUGAUACAUAAAACAAGGAUAUAUAAAAUAUAUAUAUUUACAUUUCAAAUAGCCCACUGCUUGGUAUAAAAGGUAUGUAUUUGAAAGUAUGCAGCUCUUUUUGUAGUUUUAAUGUUUACUAUUUAAGUUUGGAAAUGAUGCCAAAAUGUUUUUUUUGUAUUCCUUCGACCACUGUAUUCUCCAAGCUGUUGAAUUCACAGAAAGGGGUAGAUUUCAGCUUUUAUGCACUGCGGCCUCUGCAGAAAGGUCCCAACCAGCAACUUGGUGUUGUGAUGUACAGAAAUGGAGAAGAGUAUUAAAACCAUAUUUAAGAAUAUCUUUUACUUGAGUUU